GUGUAGUUUCAUUAAUCCUGUCUGAAUUGAAGCCACAACAAAUGUCAUUAUUGUCCGAUAAAUCUUCGAACGCACGACCAAUAUCUAUCCUCAAUUUGUUAGAAAAACUUGCAACAAAAAAUGUAAUUAGUGGACUAGAUGGAACAUUAAGUCCAAAUAUGUUGGUAUACAAUCAAGUACAAGAACUUACAAAUUUCGAAAGUGCUGGAAGCUUAUUCAUUGUUAAAGACUUUUGGAGUUGGCUUUUGACUUUUUGUGUAUUGCAUUCAAUUUUUUUGGAAGUUUUAAACCUGGGAUAUCAACAAAUUUUUUAG